UUUUUAGGCUGCCCGCCCCCCAUCCCCGCAGUCCCCGGGCCGCGCACGGGCAGGCGGGGGCGAGGGGGCGCCGCCGCGCGAGUCCCCCUCCGGUCCCCCCCCACUUGGCUCGGCCGCCCGCCGCUUUGUUCCGGGCGCGCGGAGGGAAGGCGAGGCUGCGACGGAUCAUGCCCAUGGUGUAGCCGCCAAGCGGAGGCAUGGCUGCCGGAAGGUUACUGCUCUAUACGGGCCUCUCGCUAGCGCUCUGCGCCCUCGGCAUGUUGGCCGUGGCCAUCUGCUCGGACCACUGGUACGAGACGGACGCCAGGAAGCACAGGGACAGGUGCAAGGCCUUCAACACCCGCCGGAUCGACCCCGGCUUCAUUUACAACAACAACAACAACUUGCCGCUCCGGGCGAGCCGCUCCCGCCUGGACCGCUGGGAGGGCAAACUCCUCCGGGCCCGGAAUCGCCGGCAGCUCUUCGCCAUGAGCCCGGUUGACGAGUGCAGCCGGCAGUACAACUCCACCAACAUGGGCCUCUGGAGGAAGUGCCACCGGCAGGGCUUCGACCCCGAGAUCGCAGCCCUCAUUCGGAAAGGAGAAAUUGAGCGAUGCACGUACAUCAAAUACCACUACUCCUCAGCCACCAUCCCCAGGAACCUCACUUUCAACAUCACGAAGACCAUCCGCCAGGAUGAGUGGCACGCCCUUCACCUGCGCAGGAUGACCGCCGGCUUCAUGGGCAUGGCGGUGGCCAUCAUCCUCUUCGGCUGGAUCAUCGGCGUGCUGGGCUGCUGCUGGGACCGGGGCCUUAUGCAGUAUGUAGCAGGGCUUCUCUUCCUCAUGGGAGGAACCUUCUGCAUCAUAUCACUGUGCACCUGUGUGGCUGGAAUCAACUUUGAGCUGUCACGUUACCCACGCUACCUGUACGGACUCCCCGAUGACAUCAGCCAUGGAUACGGAUGGUCCAUGUUCUGUGCGUGGGGAGGCCUGGGCCUCACACUAAUCUCGGGAUUCUUCUGUACCUUGGCCCCUUCUGUCCAACCUGUCCCGAGGACCAACUGCCCUAAAUCCAGACCCGAGAAUGGGACAGUGUGCUAAAAAACAAACCCAUACAUAUAUAUAUAUAAAUAUAUAUAUAAUAUACAUAUAUAAAACAAAACUAACUCAAGAUGAUGCCAGUGCCAAGGUAGAGUUGAGUUUGCUCAGGCACUCGCAUCUCGUCGGACUUUGUGUUGCCUCAUCACCGAGAUGGGGAGAGCGUCUCCAUCAUGUGGCUCUUCCAUCACUUCUUAACUUUUGGCUCCACGGUUUCUUGAAGACAGAGUGAACAUCACCACUCGUGAUAGCGUCCUGACCCCAUCACUCACGAGGAUGGGGUGGUGGGCUGGGAAGGGACAGUGCCAGUGAUCUGAAGCGGCACGAAUGUAGAGAAAGACGCACCAUCCAUUGGGCCAGCAGUGAGGACACCACCCCAGCACCGAUCAUGUUGCAGAGAAACAAAGCCCUUAGCUCAUAGAAUGUAACCACAUCUUUGAGGUCAUUUGCAGAACCACUUCUCCUGAUCUUCCUGUUCUGAUUCCCUUCGUGGCCCACCAGCGACACACAAGUGGAAGAGAAAACAGACUGAGAAGGAAGUUUUCUCUUUGUUGCCAAACUUUUUGGACAAAGUUACAGAGGUGGGAAGGGGGAGAGAACAACGUGCUGAGAGGCAAGAUCCACAUCAAUAAAAGGACACUUCAGUGGAUGCUCAGAAAA